AUGGGGUGGAUUAAAACAGUUGAUGAUUAUUAUACUGGAGCUCGUCCUAGACUUGUACCUGUUGGUGUUCAAUAUAUUUUAAACACAGUUAUUGACGAAUUGCUUAAAGAUGCCUCUAGACGUUUUUGCUAUGCAGAGGCUGGUUUUCUCCAUCGAUGGCUUUUAGAUCAUAAUAAUGAACAAAAAGAAAAAUUACGGCAUUUAAUUGUGGAAAGUGGACAAAUGGAAAUAAUUGGUGGGGGUUGGACACAACCAGAUGAGGCAACAACUCACUAUAUAGAUAUUAUUUCCCAAUAUUCGACUGGUUUGGCACUUUUAAAUUCAACUUAUGGAAAGUGUGGUAGACCAAGGGUUGCUUGGCAAAUUGAUCCUUUUGGGCAUUCAAGAGAACAUUCAAAUAUUGCAAAAUUGUUGGGAAAUAAAGCUUUGUUUUUUGCUAGAACACAUUAUAAAGAAUUGAAAUACAGAGCUGAUAAUAAACAAUUAGAAUUUAGAUGGAAAGUUACUUCGGAUGAAGAAGAAGAAAUUAAUUCAGAUAAUUCAAUUUUAACUGGCGCCUUCCUCCGCGGCACUUAUGCCCCUCCUAAUAAAUUUUGUUUUGAUUCUUUAUGUGAUGAUGAACCUUUAGUUGAUAAUAAACAAUUUGAAGGUUAUAAUGUUGAUAAAAGAUUGGAAGAAUUUUUUAAAUAUAUUAAUGAUUCUGUUAAUACACAAUUACAUAAACAUGUACUUAUGACUAUGGGGGGAGAUUUUCAUUAUUCAAAUGCCAAUCAAUGGUUUACUCAACUUGAUAAACUUAUUUCGGCAAUUAAUUCUCGAACAAAUAAAACUGGAGGUCUUGUUCGUUUCUCAUCGGCAUUACUUCAAUUAUCACAAAAAUUAGCCUCCUUUUCCAAAAUAUUAUCAAAACCCUUUUAUUGCCCUUCUAAUGAAUGUGAACCCUCAUUCCCUUUAUUGCUAAAAUUGGAAGGGGCUUUAGCUUUAUCUACACAUCAUGAUGCUAUUACUGGAACUAGUAAACAUAAUGUUACAAUGGAUUAUAUUAAACGAUUAUUAUCUGGUUGGGAUCAAGCUGAAAAAGUAAUUAAUAAUUCUUUUUGGCAAAUUUCUUCACUUUCAACACAACAACAGGAUAUACCUUCUCUUAUAUUUUGUCGGAAAUUAAAUCAAAGUAGAUAUUUUUUAAAUAAUUGUAAUGUACUUUGCAUGUUAUUCCCUCAAUUGAGACUUUAUUUGAAUGACUUCCUAAUUGGAUGGCAAUUUUAG